AAAAAAGAGAGAAACAAAUCCUGAGGAGAAACACUCGGAGAGGGAGAGAGAGAGAGAGAGAGAGAGAGGGAAGAGGUGACCGGACCGAGAAGCGAAGAGUAGUGCGGUCACGAUGCGCGGAUAGAGAGGCAAGCCACCGCAGGAUCCCACGUUUGGAGGGCGGUGGAGGGGUGGUGGGGAGAGAGAGACAGGCAGACAGACAGACAGGCAGACAGACAACAGGAGAUAACCCACGGUGAAGACAAGCCGAAGCGACGUGCGAUGGAGGACCUGGGCGAGAUGGACUGCCCGGUGGUGAAGCGCUUCCUCAAGGACGACAGCGCCAAGUGCCUGCUGCUGGACUGCCGCUCCUUCCUCGCCUUCAACGCGGGGCGCAUCCGCGGCGCCGUCAACGCCCGCUGCAACACCAUCGUCCGCCGCAGAGCCAAGGGCUCCGUGCUCAGCCUGGACCAGAUACUGGCCGGGGACGAGGAGGUGCGCGGCCGCCUGCGCUCCGGGAUGUACUCCGCCGUGGUGCUGUACGACGAGAGGACGCCGGACUCCGAGACGGUGAAGGAGGACAGCACGCUGACGCUGGUGCUCAACGCGGUGUGCGGGGACUCCUCCGGCACGCAGAUAUACCUGCUCAAAGGUGGAUACGACAGGUUUUUCUCAGAGUACCCAGAGUUUUGUAUCAAGACCAAAUCCUUACCGACCCUCACCAGCCAGUCCAGCAUGGACUCUUCCUGCUCGUCUUGUGGGACGCCACACCACGACCAGGCCGGCCCAGUUGAGAUUCUCCCGUUCCUCUACCUUGGUAGCGCCCUUCACGCCUCAAAGAAAGAGGUUCUGGACGCCAUAGGAAUCUCCGCCUUGCUGAAUGUGUCCGCCGACUGUCCCAACCACUUCGAGGGGGCGUACCAGUACAAAUGUAUUCCCGUGGAGGACAACCAUAAAGAAGAUAUCAGCUGCUGGUUCCUGGAGGCCAUUGAGUUCAUAGAUUCAGUACGGGACUCUAGCGGGCGAGUGCUGGUCCAUUGUCAGGCGGGCAUCUCCCGCUCCGCCACCAUCUGCCUGGCCUACCUGAUGAAGAGGAAGCGGGUGCGUCUGGACGAGGCCUUCGAGUUCGUGCGUCGGCGUCGCAGCAUCAUCUCGCCCAACUUCAGCUUCAUGGGCCAGCUGCUGCAGUUCGAGUCCCAGCUCCUCGCCACCUCCUGCGCCGCCGAGGCGGCCGCCACGUCGAGCCCGCUGCUCGGACCCAAGUCCUCGACGACGGCCACGGCGACGGCGGUCACGCCCACCUCUCCGUUCAUUUUCAACUUCCCGGUUUCGGUGGUGAACUCCGCCUACCUGCACCACAGCCCGAUCACGACCUCCCCCGGCUGCUGAUGGAUGGCCAGUCGCGGUCCUUCCCCCAAAUGACUAACUCGGAACAUUGUGCUGGAAGAGUUGUCCAUCCUGCUGCCCGCCGCAGUGCGUACACGCUUCCAGGGCGGGGAGGUGAGAGGCGUCACGGUGCCUGAUUCAAAACUCAAAUCCUUGGUGAAAAUUUAUUUUUUUGUGUCCAGAAACCAGCCAACGCUCCUUCCAUUUGAACACACUGGCACCACCUGAAAAACUAAAACAACAACAUGCACACUGACACACACACACAUGCACACACACACACGCUCACACACACACAUACGCAGGAGGGCAUGAGCGGCAGCAAACACUCUCUCUCUGCCUCGGUCUCACACACACACAUUCAUGACUACCAACUGAAUAAGCUCAGUAUGAAGACAGGGCCUGUUGCUAUGGAGACAACAGGUCUUUAGGAGAGGAGAUGGACACAGGAAGGAAGGAGGAAUUUUAAGCAUCCGCUCUUUCCCCUUUGGGUGUCCCUCCUGUUGCCAGACAAAAGAGAUGGAUGGAGAAAAAAAAGAGGGGAGGAGACGGUGAUAGAAAGCAGGAGCCUCUUCCGUGACAGGUGCUCUGACCGGAGCUUCCUGUCUUUCAUACGUCCUCUUCCUCUCUCUGUCUCUCCCCCACACCUUCCUCUCCUCUCAUCUCCUUUUCAUCCUUCCCUCCUCCUCCUCCUCCUCCUCCUCCUCCUCUCAUCUCUGCCUCUCAUCUCUGCCCCUCACCUCCUCACUGAAGAGGCUAAAUAAAUAGAAUAAGUUGCCAAAUAAAGGCCAGGGCCCUUCUAAAUGAACUGGGAAACCCCACUACAGGCCCCUGAUACACACUGCAGGAAACCCCUUCAGCUACAUGAUUUUUUUUUAGUUUUUGCCAAAAGGUUGAGCAUGAUUUCCCUUUUUAAGAUCAGAGGGGACAUUUUGGAGCACAGGCGGCCACUUUAAGGACAACCCUGGUGGCUUUGUAUGUUUUAAUGCAUUAUAAAUAGUUUAUCUUUACUUUUAACCAUUUUCUAAAACAUGCGUAACUUUUGAGACAUUGGUUUCAAUUCUUUUCUGCUCGUUUUUAAUAUUUGUUUGUAUUUUCAAAGCAAAUCAGCUGAAAACAACAGCUUUGGACAUUUUAAUUUAGUUUAGUUAACGGUCUAAAAUGUGCAUCACCAGCGAGUGGUCCUUUUUUAAGAUGUUUGUGCCUCGUUCACAAAGGUAUCCCAUAAAGUAGAGAGGCUGCUAGAAAGCCGAUGGCUGAAUGUCCGUCAGACUUUAGACACAUUUCAGCAUCGUAGUCCAGACGCUUCAUCUCUUACACUCACAGAUGACAAACACACAGAAACAACUGGCAUACUGUACUUGAGUAAUUCCAUAUUAGGCAUUACACUGACAGUGAAUAUGACCUCUUUAAAAUAGCAAUUGGACCGCAAAACAAAAAAAUAAUAUAUAUAUAUAUAAAAUGGAUGUCCUAAGCUACAAAGACACACACUUUCCAAACCAAGAAUAGACACUUGAACUUGAAAGUAAAAUAAUAAGAAUCAGACAAAAAAAAAAGCAUUUGUGAAGUAUUCCUUGACAUCUAAAAUAUGAGUGAAUUAUAGACAUUUUAUAGGCAAUAUGUGUUUUUCUGCUCAUUGUGGCUGCAUUUUAAAGAGCGGACAUUCACACAUGGGGGUUUUACACUCUGCUUACACAACAUCAGGGAGCCUCUGUGUUGUUCCUUGUGAGGGGAAUCCAGGUUAAGAAGAAAAAAAACACACACAAUCACUUCCUGACUUCACUUUUUUAAAUCCAAACUGAAUAAAGGAGUGAUGGAAACAGACACAAAGGAAGAAGACGGCGUUGUGCUUUGAGACCAUAAACCAAUAACAGGUAUUUGUCCUGUUAUGAGUCAGUUGAUUCUUUGGUUUUGAAGUUUGUCCAAAGUGCUCUCCGUGGCACUUUGGAGUCUUGCAAUACUUACAAUCCACUCGAGGACAACGGCGACAGCAGUGACGUUUUUAGGUCGUAUCACACGGACAUCACGUCAAUUUUUUUAUAACGUCACAUUCUAAGACAGUGUUUGUAUCGCUUGUGCUUUUAGGCUGAGCGUUACACUCUGUGCUAGACAUCCAAAGGCACAAAUUUUAACCAUGGUUGCUUUUAUACCCGGGUCUUGAUGUACGCACGACAGAAACACAAGUGCACACACACACACACACACACACACACACACACACACACACAGGAAACAAACAAACCUUUUAUUUCUGUUUUUGAAGAUUGUCGGCACCUAUCUCUGUAGCACUUUGAAGUGAUGCAAUACUGUAUUUAUAUGUCAUGAUUGAUUUGUACAUCGUGGUGAUGGUAGACUUUGCAUAAGGACAUUUUGUCUUUCUAGUGAGAGACAGAGAGAGAAAAGAGAGGCAAUCAAUGAAAAACGCAAUACUUUGUACACAUCUCUGUGGUAGCUGUCUGUCCGUCGGUCUGUCUGCCUCUCUGUGUUAGUCCAUCUGUCUCUCUGUCUGGUCAAUGCUGUUUACCUAUCAUGGCAAUAUCAAUCCUCCACUUGGAAAUUUAUAUUAAAAAAAAAAAAAAAUCUUUCCCUCAAUUUUAUUGUGGAAUGAAUCUGUGCAUUUAUUUAUUACUAAAGAUCCGCUGUUGAAUAAACAAUGUUCUUAAUUAA